AUGCUGGCUGUCACGAUUCCUCUCGGCCUGCUUGCUGCACAUCACGCUCUCGCAAAGCGACACAAAGAUCAUCAUGAUCAAGGUCCCGGUUAUCAUAUUUCACUUCCUCAUUACAGCAACAAACCUUCACUCAUAUCCAUGACCGCGCCAUCUACUCUCACGGGAAGCCCUACCAUUAUUGACACAUAUACGAUCACUUCAGUCAAUACAGCGGCAACCACAAGCUCUACGAGCUCCGAUUCCUCGCAAACCAACUUUUACAUUCUAGAUGCACAAGAAGAAAGUGAGAUCCAACUCUGGCCUGUCGUUGCGUCGAAUUCAUCUGGGACUGGAUAUACCACUUUCUGGACACUCAUGCCACCAGACGACUUUCUGGGCGGACUAACUCUCAACCUGUUUACGUUGAACGAGAAAGGCAAUCUGAUUUAUGUUGGCCCCACCGCCUCUUUAGCUGGCCGUGCUGCGUACACCGAUGGAUAUUGGUUCCUCUUUCUGGAUCCAGAGAGCGACGCUGCUCAGCAGUAUGAGCUCUGCACCUGUGCCAUCGACCCUGCUACCUGGCAGUUGAGUUGCAAUUGCGGAGGAGUGGUUGAAAAUUGCAAUACAUGGUUGAUCGAACAGGACUCCUGCCGUCUCUGGUAUGCGCAUCCCUACAGUCAAUCGGACUCGGGAGAAGCCCCAUCUACAACCACGCGCGAACCCCCGGCUGCCAUUAGGAGCAGCUCCACGACUCGACAUCUUGCGCAGCCAACUUUUGCUAUCCACCAAGAAAAGGGGCUUGGAGAGCUCGGAUUUUCCUCUUCAACACCAAUUGGUACCAACGAAAGCAUUGCCUUCACCAAGAUAUUUCCCAUAGGAAGCCAACAACCUCUCACUUUCACUCUGAACGAACGUGGAAAUCUUAUUCUAAUCACUCCUGGUCUUUCGACCACCGGCUACAUCGCAUAUGGCGACGAACAUGAUAAUUUUGUAUUUGCCAGGCCUGGCAACAACGCGCUCGUCGGCGCUCGCGAGAGCAUAUGUUCCAUCGACGGGUGGGCAUACCAGUUCAAGUGUGGUUAUGUUGGCGACCCGAUGAUUUUUUGCAAUCUCCGAAAUUCUGGAACUGGAGAGCUUGUAGUAUGCCCUGGCGUUGACUGGGAUCACAGCUGGGUGAACCUUUAUGCUGUCCCGGUCAUUCCGACUUAG